UCCGCAAUUACAGUUUCACGAGGGCAAGCGAGCUGACGAGAUCACGACUCACCUCACUUAUUUACUCCCAACCAACUUCUUGUGAAAAAAGUCUCAAUAAAUUUAUACACGGAUCAGCCUCGCUUUUAGAUACGAUCUGUCAUUUGUGGUUUCACAGAUAAGCUGCACAAAGAUUCCCAGCCCAACGCUUAAUGGGCAAUUUGUCCACGCUGCUCACUGCUCCUCUUCUUCUAAUCCAGACCAAUUUGUGGUUUAUACGCGUCUCAAAUGGUAUCGGGAAAAGUGACACAAAACUAGAAACCUAGUUAUCUAAAAGAUAAGGACACGGAGGAAAAAGAUAAGGCUGGAAUUUUUUUGGGGGAAAUGCAGCAUUGAAAAGUGACUGAAUUUUACGGAAAGUAAAAAUAAAGCCGGCAUUCAACAGUUUAGAGUUUUUGUGGUGCACUCAUUAAGUGUAAUUAGUGAAAUUACUCUCACGUGCGCGUACCAACGAACGAAUGAGCCCUUCUUCUUCGCCUUACUUCCGCUUGGGUUGAGUGCAGGAAGUGAAAGUUAUUUAUGAAAUAAAACCUCGAUUUUGACAAGAAUAUUGUAAAAGUAGAAUUUUUCGAAAUUUCAAAGACAACUUGACACGACUUAAGUAAGCUUGAUAUGGAACUACAGAGUGAGCUGAAACUUUGCAAUUUGAAUAUCCUAGUGACUAUUGCGGAUAGUGAACAUUUGAUCAGCUAGAAAUAAAGAAGGAUUCCACGGGUGUCAGUUUACCCCCGAUCGAACAAAACGUUAAUCUCUGGGACUGAAACAGCCUGUCCCCCAGAGAAAUUUCCAGUACCACGACCCGUCACACGACGUCGACAACAAGUCAGAUUUAUUUUGUCGUGAUAACCUCGUUACAAACAUUCUGAAUUUCGGGGAAUUAAACCCGUUUCCGGGCCUGGGACUUUCGUCACCGGGACCCGACGGGUUAGACGAAAUGCAACACCAGGGGUCCUCGUAUAGAGCGGCCGCGGCUGCUGCGGCCGUUGCUGCUUAUCAAGAGCAGAACUACAGGUCAGGUGGAUAUCCCUUCCCCCCACAAAACCCGUACGGGUAUCAUCUCGGAAACUACCCGCCUCAAUGUUCCUCCCCUCCGAAAGAUGAGCCGAAAGAGGAGCCGGGUGGAAUGCGGUUGAACGGAAAAGGGAAAAAGAUGAGAAAACCACGGACAAUUUAUUCCUCCCUACAAUUACAGCAGCUCAACCGCCGCUUCCAGCGCACGCAGUAUUUAGCUCUACCUGAACGCGCGGAACUCGCUGCCUCUCUUGGUCUCACACAGACACAGGUGAAAAUUUGGUUUCAAAAUAGGCGGAGCAAGUACAAGAAGUUGAUGAAGGCAGCUCAAGUGCCCGGAGGGUCGAAUCAACCGUCGAAUCAGCAGGGAGAAAAUUCGAAUGAGACGAUGAGUCCUCAGCCCCCAGAUUCUUUCCCUUCGCAACCCGGUGACCUCAGCCCGCCUCCAAAUCCUAACCCCCAGUCUCAGGGAGGUUGUUCAUCGCCCGUGUCGCCGUGGGAUAUAAAGGGUGGCGGCGGGGGCGGGGGUCCUCAGCAUCAAAACGGUCCCCCCAACAUUCCUCAACUUCCCCACCACCCACACCCCGGAAUCCCCGUAGGGCACCAACCUUAUCAAUAUCACUGGUACCAUCAGGACCACUCCCUUCUCACGUAACUAACACACCUCAACUCUAGAUCAUCAAUUCCUACGUGAAAUCCUAUACAUCCGACGACGUAUAUAAAUAGUAACUUUAUCAAAAUCAAUUAUUAUUAUUAUGUUAACUUCAAAAACCAAAUCAUUAAGUUAAUCCUAUAAUCGAUCGACGGACGGUAGGUACAAAGAAAGAAAUAUAUACAAACAAAUUCGUUCAACAAACAACACCUCAUUCAUCAUCAUUCCAAAAUUUUCGUGGUUGUGCUACCAAAAAAUUGUUCAUCCUGUAAUAUUAUUUUUUAUCAUUUGUUUGUCGCUCUGCUUAUGUGCUGUGCUGCUCGGUGUGAGUGUGAAUGAAGUAGUUAUUUAGGCAGUGGAGGAGGUCUGCGUGAGAACCCCCUUUAAAUUUUGUGCAAAUAUUAGUUAUACACGAGUCCUUAGUCUUAGUCGCCAAGAUAUUCCGGUAGGUAAGUAUUACACAUUAAAAGAAAUACAGGUCCCGAUAAGCCAAAGGGUUCGGAUGAUAAGGAAAGAAAGGCCAAGCCAAGCUGAAUCAAAUCAUUUAUGAUAUGUAUCUCACUCUCAAAUAGUUUUAGAACUGGGUGGGCCGUGAUGUAAGUCCGUUUUAUAUAAGAAAAAUAUAGUACGGUAAGCUAAAAAUAGGCUAAAAAGAAGUACAUAAAUGCUAAAUGUCUACAAUUAAUUAACUUAAAUCUAAAUUAAUCUGUUCAUCUCUUCUGAUACACGGAUUUGCUAUGGAUUAGAUACAUACGUACGUAAAUACUUCAUAUUACUGGAGCUAAAAAAUUAAUCGUUGUUUACAUCAUAAGUCAUCUAAAAAAAUAUUUAGAUUUAACGAGGGACCUAGGCCUGCUUAAAAUAAUUUUAAAAACAAUUAUCUCGCCACGAAGGAGAAGACGACGGAGGAAAAGGAGGAGACGAGAGAUGGGAGGGGUUUUAGUUCCUUUUUUGUAGAGUAUUACACAAAAUUAUUAUUUAAAUAAACAUAGAAUUUACUUUUUAAAUGUGAUAUAUCUUUGGUUGACUGGAUAUUUUCCUUCGUACACAAAAUUAUUUUGCUGCACCGGGUAAUCAAUUACUAAAUAAUUAAGAUUUGUACUACUGAACAAAAAUUGGGUUUGAUUUUAUCUCAAGUUGUCAUCCUUCACUCACUCACUCAUGCUCGUAGAAAUGUAUUCAUUCACUAAAACUUCUCAUAAUUUCAUCACAGAAAUGAUGCCACAGUAUUAAAUACAUUACAUUACAUAAGAUGAAUGAACACUAAAUAUGUGUUGCUCUACAUACAACCACAACUCCUACUACUUUACGAUAAUAUGUACUAAUCUGGACAUGAUAACUUAAUUAUCUAGUGUACUUUAAGUAGAGUAUUUAAUUUUCACUUGUUACAAGUAAGUAGCUGCCCUGCGCUAUAUGCAUAAAUAUUUAAGUAAAUUAGUCAUAUUAUUUUAACUAAUUAUUGUACAUAAAUCCAUGUAAGUACUUAUGAUAAAUACGGUUAGAAUAUUGCUAAAGUUAUGAAAUGGAAUAAAACCAAAUGGCCAAUUUAAAGGAA